CUCUCCCACCUCUCUCUACCCGGGAAUGUCUAGGCGAAAGCAGCGGAAACCCCAACAGUUAAUCUCGGACUGCGAAGGUCCCAGCGCGUCUGACAACGGUGAUGCUAGCGAGGAGGACCAUCCCCAAGUCUGUGCCAAGUGCUGCGCACAAUUCACUAACCCGACUGAAUUCCUCGCUCACCAGAAUGCAUGUUCUACUGAACCCCCUGUAAUGGUGAUAAUUGGAGGCCAGGAGAACCCCAACAACUCUUCGACCUCCUCUGAACCCCGGUCUGAGGGCCAUAGUAGCCCGCAGGUCAUGGAGACAGAGCACAGCAAUCCCCCGGAUUCUGGGUCCUCAGUGCCCACAGAUCCCUCCUGGGGGGCAGAGCGGAGAGGAGAGGAGUCUGCAGGGCAUUUCCUGGUCGCUGCCACAGGUACAGCAGCUGGGGGAGGUGGGGGCCUGAUCUUGGCCAGUCCCAAGCUGGGAGCCACCCCUUUACCUCCAGAGUCCACCCCUGCACCGCCCCCUCCUCCUCCUCCUCCACCUCAGCCCCCAAGUGUAGGCAGUGGCCACUUGAACAUCCCUCUGAUCUUGGAAGAGCUCCGGGUGCUGCAGCAGCGCCAGAUCCAUCAGAUGCAGAUGACUGAGCAAAUCUGCAGGCAGGUACUACUGCUUGGCUCCUUAGGCCAGACGGUGGGUGCCCCUGCCAGUCCCUCAGAGUUACCUGGGACAGGGACCGCCUCCUCCACCAAGCCCCUGCUUCCACUCUUCAGCCCCAUCAAGCCUGUCCAAACUGGCAAGACGCUGGCACCUUCCUCCUCUUCCACCUCCUCCGCCUCAGGAGCAGAAACAUCCAAGCAGGCUUUCUUCCAUCUUUACCAUCCACUGGGGUCACAGCACCCUUUUUCUGCUGGAGGGGUUGGGCGAAGCCACAAACCCACACCUGCCCCCUCCCCGGCCCUGCCAGGCAGCACAGACCAGCUGAUGGCCUCACCUCAUCUGGCAUUCCCAGGCACCACAGGACUACUGGCAGCACAGUGUCUUGGGGCAGCCCGAGGCCUCGACGCCACUGCCUCCCCAGGGCUCCUGAAGCCAAAGAACGGAAGUGGUGAGCUGGGCUAUGGGGAAGUGAUGGGUCCCUUGGAGAAGCCUGGUGGACGGCACAAAUGCCGCUUUUGUGCCAAAGUGUUUGGCAGUGACAGUGCCCUGCAGAUCCACCUGCGUUCACACACAGGUGAGAGGCCCUAUAAGUGUAAUGUCUGUGGCAACCGCUUUACCACCCGCGGCAACCUCAAAGUGCAUUUUCACCGUCAUCGUGAGAAGUACCCGCACGUGCAGAUGAACCCUCACCCCGUGCCAGAGCACCUAGACUACGUCAUCACCAGCAGCGGCCUGCCCUAUGGUAUGUCUGUGCCGCCAGAGAAGGCCGAGGAGGAGGCGGCCGUGCCGGGCGGAGGAGUGGAACGCAAGCCUCUGGUGGCCUCUACCACAGCACUCAGUGCCACAGAGAGCCUGACGCUGCUCUCCACGGGUGCGGGCACAGCCGCGGCUCCUGCCCUCCCUGCUUUUAAUAAGUUUGUGCUCAUGAAAGCAGUAGAGCCAAAGAGUAAAGCUGAUGAAAAUACUCCUCCGGGGACUGAGGCCUCCGCCAUUGCAGGGGUGACAGAAAGUGGCACAGCAACUCGCAUGCAGCUAAGUAAGUUGGUGACUUCCCUUCCCAGCUGGGCACUGCUUACCAACCACUUUAAGUCCACGGGGAGCUUCCCCUUCCCUUAUGUGCUAGAGCCCUUGGGGGCCUCACCUUCUGAGACGUCGAAGCUUCAGCAACUGGUAGAAAAGAUUGACCGACAGGGAGCCGUAGCAGUGGCCUCUACUGCCUCAGGAGCUGCCACCACCUCUGCUCCUGCAGCCUCCUCUUCAGCCUCAUCUGGACCUAACCAGUGUGUCAUAUGCCUGCGAGUGCUCAGCUGUCCUCGAGCACUGCGCCUGCAUUACGGCCAACAUGGAGGUGAGCGGCCCUUCAAAUGCAAAGUGUGCGGCAGAGCUUUUUCUACUCGGGGCAACCUGCGAGCACAUUUCGUGGGCCACAAGGCCAGUCCAGCUGCUCGGGCCCAGAAUUCCUGCCCCAUCUGCCAGAAGAAGUUCACCAAUGCGGUUUCUCUGCAGCAGCACGUUCGAAUGCACCUAGGGGGCCAAAUCCCCAAUGGUAGUACCACGCUCCCUGAAGGGGGGGGAGCUGCCCCGAAGAAUGGCUCUGAGCAUUCUACAGUCCCUGGGGUAGGGGCCUUCCCUCAGCAACCAUCCCAGCAGCCGUCCCCGGAAGAGGAGUUGUCUGAAGAGGAGGAGGAGGAAGAGGAAGAAGAGGAAGAUGUGACCGAUGAAGAUUCUCUGGCAGGAAGAGGCUCAGAGAGUGGAGGCGAGAAAGCGAUAUCGGUCCGAGGUGAUUCCGAAGAGGCAUCUGGAGCGGAGGAGGAAGCGGGGAUGGCGGUGGCGGCAGCCACAGCCGGGAAGGAGAUGGACAGUGAUGAGAAAGCGAUUCAGCCGCCUCCUCUGCCGCCACCACCACCACCACCAGACAGCCUGGAUCAGACACAGCCCGUGGAGCAGGAGGGCAGUGAUGCUGCAGGAGGCACGGAAGAGGGGGGCAGACCAGAGAGGAGCUCGAGCCCGAAGGCAGCUCUCGCCCUUGAAGGGGAAGACAGCAGCGGCACCUUGGUGGAGGAGCUGAGCGGGCAGGAAGUGAUGAGAAAGGAGCCGGGAGAAGGCAGUAGCAGAAAGGCCUGUGAGGUGUGUGGCCAGGCCUCUCUCACCCAGGCAGCUCUGGAGGAGCAUCAGAAGACCCACCCCAAGGAGGGGCCCCUCCUCACUUGUGUUUUCUGCAGGCAGGGCUUUCUCGAGCGGGCUACCCUCAAGAAGCAUAUGCUGCUGGCUCACCACCAGGUACAGCCCUUUGCCCCUCACGGCCCUCAGAAUAUUGCUGCUCUUUCCUUGGUCCCAGGCUGUUCCCCCUCCAUCACUUCCCCAGGGCUCUCCCCCUUUCCCAGGAAAGAUGAUCCUACGAUCCCAUGAGCCUGUGUUUUGUACCUCCUGCCCUUUGACCUAGGUUGCAGAAACUGAGAGCUCUGUAGAAGGACCUCCAAGAUUUAAGAGCCCUUAUUUGUCUUUUUCUUUGAUUUCUUACAUAAUAUGGCCCAAGUGGUUUUUCUCUAGUCCCUGAGCUUGGAAAUUGUUGUGCUUACAGGAGGAUGGCCCCCUGAGGAAUUUUUCUUCUCUCUUCAUUCAUUGUACCUUAGGGAAAUAGAUUGUCUACAGCUUUCACAUUCCCAAGGGAACCCCUCCCCAGCUUCCCUGGGGUGACCCUUCUUCCCCCUCCUCUCUUCCACUCCCUUUCCCUUUGGCAGGUGCAUCUGAGCACCCACAUUUGGAAUUGCAGCCCAGCCCGAAGGGGCCAACAGCUUUCCCUGCAGGGCUCAGUUCCACUCCUCUCUGGUGACCAGGUCAACCUACAGGGCUUCUUGUCCCAAGACACUUCUCAGUUGGUGAGGGUGUGACCCCUGUCUUUCUGGAACCAGUAUGUGGCUUUCCUGUCAAGUGACCUGCCCACCAAGCCUGGGAGUCCCAUCUCCAUCUCCACUAUACUACUUCAGCACCACCAGUGCUAUUUGGCCCAAGAACUGUGGCUGGGAACUUGCCUCCAGCAAUGGGAAUCUGAGAGGCCAAGGAGAAAAGAGUCCUCCUCUUAUUUCCGCCUCCUGCAUCCAAGGCAGUGCCUGAACAGCUUAUAGAAGUAGCAGACUGCACAUUCCUUCUCCUUCCCCCUGGUCCAAGAGGUGCUAGCAGUGAAGCUACAGCGGUAUCUGUAUCUGUGGCUCAGCCCUAUGGGGUAGGGAGAAAUGAAGGACAUACUCUUGCCAGUAGCUCCUUGAUAAUCACAUUAAGGCAAAGGUCAAUAUGCCAAGACAUCUCCAGCUUCUCACAUUCCUUCAUGAUUGCCUCUCAAAAUUAGGAAACAAGUGGAUUUCUUGCCAAGAGGUGUCCCAUGGAAUAUUUUAGGAAAUGUGAAGUUCAUAUCUUGAACAAGCACUGUUGGUGAGGUUAGUUGAAGAAGUAAUGAUGGAGAGUUGAGGAGUGUUACUGAAGUACAGGGCUUUAUAUUGGGAACCUGUGUGAUUAAGAAAGAAACAUGAUGUGAGGUAGUGGACCUCAAAUUCUUGAUUGGAUGGGUUUCAUGAAUGUUCUUUUGUACUAAGUGAUUUAGUGUGCAGCAAUGCACCACAGGUCAUGGGAGAUUUCCUAGCACUAGUGUGCUUCUAGUUUUAGAUAACUCCCUCCUUUAUUCCCUGGCAAUCUUGUAUUUUCCUUCUUUCUCAAGACCCAGUUCCUCCCCAUUUUGCCUAGUCCAUUGACCGGGGCUUAUGUCUUUGCUACUGUCUGGUUCUUAGAGUCCCAGACUUUGGGAGAUGAGCUCCAGCUGGUGUCCUCCCUGCCUCUCCGUCUUAUAAUGAGAUGUAGUAUUUACUCUUAACAUAGGAUCAUUUGGAACAGUUCUGAGGAGGAGAAAGUGUUGGUUCUGCUAGUGACUGACCUGAAUGAUGACUUCUCCUCCGAAGGUGUAGGCUCCAGAGCUUCCUAACAUAGUAAAAUGUGAAGAGCAGACAAGGGAGAUGUUAGUGUCUUUCCCUUUUCAUUAAAAGUGUUUUAACCAAA